AUGGUGGGUGCUUACGUAAUGAAAAUUAAGGAAUUGGAGCAAAGUAACGAAGGGUUACGUUCACAAUUCAAAUAUUUAGAAGAAAAAGUUAGAGAGCGAGAUGAAGAAACCAAAGCCAAUAUCAAUAAUUCAGAAGAAAAUUUUAGAGAAGCAAAGGCCAAGCAAGAAAUUAUUAAUAAUUUAGAAGAAAAGAUUAGAGAACGAGAAGAAGUAAUGAAGUUGCGUUUGAUGUUAUGGUUAAAUGGGACUAUCUACACACAAUUGAAGAGACGAUCAGUUAGUAUGGUAUGGUUUAUCGAGAAUGGAGCCGUUUAUGAGUACAUUGAAGAAAUGUAUUAA